UCCAGCGCGCCUUUCCCUGCUCCUCGAAUCGCCCUGCAUCAUCGAGCCCAUGCUCGACUGAGAUGGCCUCUGUUUCCCUGAAGCUCUUCGUCCACUCCGUCCACUCCGUCCGUCAGAUCCAUCAGCGUGUCCUUGGUCUGUAUCAAAAACGACGCGCGCCUGCAUUCAUCAAUAUCCAAGCAGCAGUAUUGACUUCAGUGACAGUGAAACCAGCCCAGCAGCGCUACACUCCCAUCGACCAACCUAGCUGCUAUCUUUUGCCUUUGCUCCACGCACAGAUCCUAUGUUUCCUUGCCAGCAUUCCACAUACACAAUCACUUUUCCUUUUUCACUUGCUAGCUAUGCACGGCAGCCAACCAUCAGCAGCUUGAGCUGCCAUCUUGGUGCGUGUUCAGCAACAUCAGUUGCAUCGCUAGCAUGAGGCAAAUAAAUCAUAGUGCUAACUUCUUUGUUUGAUCCAGCUAGUACGUGCAAUCUCAUUCUGUGCCACACAACACAGGCUGGCUAUUACAAGCAGUUCCUAUAGUCAAGUUUCCAAUCUCUUGGCUCUUGUGUAUUCCGGCGCAAACAACAGUGCAGCAGCGCAGC